GUUGCCAAAUGUAAGUGUUCUGUGUCACGAGGCUUGGAUAUCUGUGAUCUAAAGUGGUGCUGGUUAGUGUCUCUGACCAUACGCCGCUCGGUCAGUGGAUUCUUGCGGUUGUGGUGCGUGCACGCGUCUCAGCUGUACCGAGUUCUCGAGGCUUAACCACAAUGCGAAGUAUAUUGCUGUGUAUGGCACUAGGAGUGGUGUCGGCCAGGGAGAGCGACUGGCAACCAAUUUUGCAAGAUUCACCUAUCUACUCGUCGUAUGCCAAAUCUGCCGAAAGAUCACUCAAUGCAGGUCCUUCACUCAAAAUAUUGAAUCGGAAACCACCGUACAAGCAGCCUGGCCUACUAGGAACAAUUCCAUCUGGUUCGGACUCAUGCAGCGUGUACAAGGUGUCCAUGAAUCAAGAACUGUUCUACCAAUACGUGGAAUAUCAGACCAAACUCCCCGAUCUCAAGGAGUUCACGCUAUGUAUGUGGACCAAAUUCCACAAUCACACGGAGGAUCAUCCGCUGUUUUCAUACGCGGUUGGAGACAGCCCUAAGGAAAUAUCUGCGAUGGUAUCAAACACUAAAGAGGCAAGCUACUUCAGUACUGCAGUACACGGGCAGACGUAUUUCAGACUCAAUUAUCCCCUCAAACUUAACACAUGGUAUCACUCGUGCCAAUCGUGGAACGGAAAAACCGGCGAGUGGCAAAUUUGGGUAAACGCUGAGCGAGUUGGUAGAGGCUUUCAUAAUAGACUUGUCGGUCAUGUUAUUAAGGGCGGUGGCAGUAUUAUCACUGGCCAAGAACAAUCGUUAUUGUACACAAAAGACGGCUCCGAACCUAUUCUGAAACAAUCAGGGUUUAUUGGUGAAAUCACAAUGCUGCAAUUGUACAACGUGGCGCUCACGGCUGGAAAGGCUCAUAGAGAUCAUAAGCAUCACCACGCGCAUCACUUCAAACAUGACGGCACAGCGUUUGAAGUUUCUACUCAAGCUGCCACGGACCCACCGCCUCCACAAGCCACACCUAUUGGCAAUGGAAACUUUUUGAUUGGAGGGCAACUGCAAAGACCGACCAGCCUUAACUUGGCACGCCCUGCACAACAAAUGAUCCCUGUACAACUCUCCAACGGUCUCCAGCUCCAACAAGAAUACGUCAAUGGCCAACUCGGCAAUCGAUUAGUUUCUGAGCAGCUUCUGAACAAUAUUCAACCAUUGUCAACAGCCAAUCAAGUUAACGGAAAACUUCCACCUUUAGUCGGUCUUUCUAUAAGUCAAAUUGAGCAGGGCCAACGAUAUGAAACUAGACCUUUUGGACAAUCAAAGGGAACGUCUGUAGUUCUUUCUGGAUCACUGAUUAAUCCAGCUAAUGUUCAAUAUAUCGACGAUGCAGCUAGCCACAAUGUCUUCAAGAGAGACUCGAAAAAACGCGACAAAAGAGACAAUCCCGAAAUAGAACUCGCGGAAGAAUUGAGCGGCGGUAGGAAAGACAAACGUGGGCUGGUAGCCCUCUCUGAUGGCUCUAUAGUCGACGAAGCCCUGUUGAGUACAGAUUUGCUGGACGAAACUGAGGAUGACGUCAUUUUCCAACAAUCUUUACUGGAUGGUCUAGCUGGUGUUGUUGGAAAUCUACCCGUUCAAAACAUGCAAAGAGCUAAUGUCGAUGAAAGGGAACCGGCUGAGGCUGAAGUCAAAGCGGUUAUGCAAGUAUGUAGUGGAUGCACACCGGAACCUUUCAAGAAGGCACUCGUACUUUCAUGGAGGAGUACAUCCAAAAAACUGUACAGCGGCGCUCAUUAUUAUAAAGGAUUACCGAUAUGUCGAGCUUUCUAACCUAUUGCCUUCCAAAAAAGUGAAAUAAGACCAACCAUUUUCGAUAGAUUGGGCCCAGUUUUAAUGAAUAAAACAUAACAAUGAACAAAUUUGUGUCAUUAAUUAAAUAAUAAUAACUACCAGUUUCAGUUUUGGUUUCAUAUCAGUUUGAUUGACAAUUGCAUAAUCAAGAUAUGAGCAAGUACCUACAUUAUAAAAUGCACGAUUUCUACAAAAACCCAUUACAUUUCAAAAUAUUUUAGCAAUUGUUGCAGAAUUUUUCGUUUUUUUUUUAUGUAAGGCGCUGGGCCCGAAAUGGUCGGUCUCCUUUCUAGAUAAUUCUCACGGAGUAGUAAAUUGUGUAAAAAAAAUGUUCAACCGCUCAGUGAAUAUCACUUUUUUGUAUAGAAAUAGAUACUUAAAGAUAUACUGACUGGCGUUCGCUUGAAUUUGGCAAUACUCUGGCACGUAUUAGGUACACGUAGAAUUACCUAUUUGGUUCAUAUGAUGUGUAUGACCCAAACAUACUAAUGAGUAAAUAAAAUUAGGUAUUGUAUAAAGUAAAAAAUAUUGAAGAAGAGCUUUGAUUUUAUAAAGUAAUAUCGCAUUAAUUCAUAUACAUUUUAUUAUAAACAGGUUUAGUUUGUGGAAGAAGUGUAUUCAUAAAACUUGCCAUCUCGUGUUAUUUUAUUUAUUGUAGCCCUAAGGUAGCGUCGAUUUCUGCCGUUGUAAUUUUUAAAGUUAUAUUUAAGGUUUAACACGAAUUUUUGUUACCAUGUUAGUAAAUAAUUUAAAAUAUUA